AUGGCUCCUGGUAGCGGCCGCGAUUUUAACUGCACAUGGGGAGACUGUCACAAGUCUUUCAAUCGCAAGUCAGAUCUCUGUCGGCAUUAUCGCAUCCAUACCAAUGAGCGACCAUAUCAAUGCACUGUAACAGAUUGCAAUAAGAGUUUCAUUCAGCGCAGUGCCUUGACCGUACACUCGAGGACUCACACGGGCGAAAAGCCCCACGUUUGCGAUCAUGAAGGCUGUCAAAAGGCAUUUUCAGAUUCAUCGAGUCUGGCCCGCCAUCGCCGAAUCCACACGGGUAAGCGGCCGUAUAUUUGCCAAGAGCCAGCAUGCGAACGGAGUUUCUGUCGCAAAACGACUCUCACGAAGCAUCAACAUCGUUCCCACCCUCCAGGGGCGAUGACUCGGCCAUCGUCGGAAGAUGCGACCUCUGAGAACUCCUACCACCACCAAACACCGGUGUCGGUGCCCGCAUCAAUCCCGAACGAUCAAUACAUGCUCGCUCAGCAACCAUAUUACGCACAAUCGGCAACACCAAGCCACGAGUUCUAUUCGCCGCAGAAUGUUCCCAUGGGGACGGUGCCAGUCCACGAAGCUCCUCCUCCGAUCGUGGCCCAGAGUAUCCCCGUUAGCUCUCCGAUGAGCAUGCAACACCAACAGCAUCACCCGCAUCAGCAUCACCAACAUCAUCAACAGCAACAAUAUAUGCAACAAAUACUCCAGCAGCAGCAACAGCAGCAACAGCAACAGCAACAGCGCUAUGACCCCAACCCGCGCACGAACUACAUCCCGGCGGAGUACCAACAACAACCCUACCAGGGCCAUCAGAUGCCACAAGAACAGCCAAUGAUGGUUUCGUACCAUCCAAACUAUGCGUAUAAACCCCCAGCACCCCGGAUCUUGAAUCAACCUGAGGGGACUGACUGGGGUUUUCUGGGUGUAGGCUAA